AUGGAAGCGCGCACGGCUACUAUCAAACGCAAGACGAAUGAGACUGAGAUUGAGGUGUCUAUCAACCUCGAUUGCCAACCAGGAUCGCAGAAUGCGCAGGUCAUCGACAUCUCAACCGGCAUCGGCUUCCUUGACCAUAUGUAUAACGCGCUAGCCAAGCACUCUGGGAUGUCUCUGACGUUGAAGGCCAAAGGCGAUCUUUGGAUAGACGACCACCACACAGCUGAUACGCGCUAUGGAACUGGCUUUGCACCUCUUGAUGAGGCACUCUCUCGCGCUGUGAUCGAUAUCUGCUCGAGGCCAUACUGCUUUACAGAUCUUGGAAUCAAACGCGAGAAGAUAGGCGACCUCAGCACGGAGAUGUUCCCUCACAUAUUCUACUCCUUUGCCAUGGCGUCUGGAUGCACGCUGCACAUCGACGUCUUGCGAGGAGCCAAUGAUCAUCAUCGUGCCGAGUCCGCGUUCAAAGCUCUCGCGAUUGCCAUCCGUCAAGCUAUCGAGCGAACUGGAGGCAGUGAUGUCCCAAGCACGAAGGGUGUCCUGUGA